GGGGGGAGCAGGCCUGGCGUUCUCGCGCGACCGAGGCCCGUCCUCUCCGCACUGCCUCCCUCCCGAGCUCGCGUUGACUCUUAACCGCCGUUGAUUCGGCGCGAGAGCUGGGAUGGAGGCGGAGACGACCACCUAUACUUUCGGGCCGCACAAGAUCGACCGCAGCCUGGUGUUCUACUCCACACCGCUCUCCUUCGCCAUGGUCAACCUCAGGCCUGUUCUCCCGGGUCAUGUGCUUGUGUGCUCGAGGCGCGAAGUGAAGCGUUUUGUUGAUCUCAGUGCUGACGAGACUUGUGAUUUAUGGCUUACUGCAAAAGAAGUUUGUGGCCGACUUGAGCGUUAUCAUGAGGCAUCCUCACUGACAUUUACAAUUCAAGAUGGACCUCAGGCUGGACAGAGAGUUCCACAUGUGCAUAUUCACAUUCUCCCUAGGAAAAGUGGAGAUUUUGAGAACAAUGAUGAAAUUUAUGAGGCAAUAAAUGAGAAAGAGAAGGAGCUCAAGGAGAAACUUGAUCUUGACAAGGAAAGGAAAGACAGAACAUCAGAAGAAAUGGCUCGGGAGGCUGAUGAAUAUCGUGCUCUUUUCUUAUAGGAAUCUCGGUUACCAGAUUAAACAUGGUGAGAUGUCACUUCGAAACUUCUAUAUAAGGGAGAAUGAGGACAAUUAUUGGACCAUUAAAUAAUUUCUUUUGGGAUCCAUGGAACCCUGAGCAUUGUUUUGCAUUAUAAAAAUCCACAGCCAAAACUGUAAUAAUUACUGUCUCUGUUCUGACUAAUUAUAUUCCUUCAGUGGAAAACAAUUGGUCUGCAUAGUAUUUUAAUCUGUGUGAAUGUCUAAGUGAAUUAUAUUCUUCUGUUCAAGGAAUGUAGUUUAACUGUUGGAUGCA